AGCCUAUGUUUACAUAUCUUACCUGUCCAAACCUGACACUGUCGCCCGGAACUGGAUGACAAGCGAGUGUCAUUGGCCAUGCGCUGUACCGCCUGAGCAACAGUCACAAGAUAUUUCGCAGAAAACGGCAAUAAACGGAUAUAAGGAUUUUCACCAGAACACUAGGCUAGUUAAUUCGCUCGACUCCACACGCAUCUGAUGAACAUGGCGUAUUUGUUGAACCCGAAGUGUUUUAUUCCACUGGCUUUGUUGUGCCUCGGCUUUGGGGGCGUUUUCGUCAAAGCGGCUUCAACUUCCGUGAAUCCAACAGGCAGCACAAGUGACCACUCGGGUACCACUGACCACUCCGGCACAACAGACCACUCCGGAACCACUGACCACUCCGGAACCACUGACCACUCCGGAACCACUGACCAUUCCGGAACCACGGACCACUCCGGAACCACGGACCACUCCGGAACCACUGACCAUUCAGGUUCAACAGCAUCGAGUCCAUCCUCGCCAGCAAGUAAAGGGACAACAGAACCCAUGACAACGCUGAACGGGACCACAGUGAAUCCCAACGUCACUACCGAGAAUCCCAACGUCACUACCGUGAACCCCAAUGUCACUACCGUGAAUCCCAACGUCACCACCGUGAAUCCCAAUGUGACAACUGUGAAUCCUAAUGUCACUACCGUGAAUCCCAACGUCACCACCGUGAAUCCCAACGUCACUACCAUAAAUCCCAAUGUCACUACCGUGAAUCCAAACGUCACUACCAUAAAUCCCAAUGUCACCACUACCGUGAAUCCCAAUGUGACAACUGUAAAUCCCAACGUCACUACCAUAAAUCCCAAUGUCACCACCGUGAAUCCCAACAUCACCACUGUGAAUCCCAACGUGACAACCGUGAAUCCCAACGUCACUACCGUGAAUCCCAAUGUCACCACCGUGAAUCCCAACAUCACCACUGUGAAUCCCAACAUCACCACUGUGACUCCCAAAAUCACGACCACCGCCAUCAAUCCAAACACGACCACAACUCCACGCCCGAACACAACACCCGAAACCCACAAAUUCGACGGCGGCUCCUUCGUGGGUGGCAUAGCGCUUGGUGCCGGCGUCCUUGGCCUUUGCUUCGUGGUGUACAAGUGUUACGUCAUGCGCAAAGCGGGAGGCAAUAGACAACCGCCAUACGCUCAUUUUGAUUGAGCGGGUUGACGAAGGUAUUGUAUGUGACGGCCAUCUCAGCACUUUCGAUUUCUUUACUAAAUUUAUCUGCUCGCUUUUUAGUAACGGUUUUCAUCCAUGGAAAGCUCUUAAUGUCUUGCCCUUGUAGUAGUGUUAACCAUGAGCGGAUCCAUCAGGCGGAUGAGCCUUUAAGCCUAUUCACCGGCGUUUAAAAACCAGUCUCUUCGUUCAAGAGGGCAGAAUUUCACUCUUCAGUGGUCACUAUUUCGACUAGCCUAGUGGUUAAAGUGUCGGCUCAUUCGGCACACUUGUUUGAUUCCCUAAAUGGUACACAUUAACCACUUUUCAUAUGUAUUCCACUCUGUUAGGGAAUGUUGCUUAAAUUGUAUAAAACUGUACUCAAAGACCCCCCACCCCUUUCG